AUGGGCCAACAGAAUCUAUCAUUGCUGACUAAAUUCAUUCUGAUGGGAGUCACAAGGCAUCCUGAGCUGCAGGCCCCACUUUUCAGGGUCUUCCUCAUUAGCUACAUAGUCACAGUGGUGGGAAGUCUGGGAAUGAUCAUCUUGAUCCAAGUGGAUUCCCACCUACACACACCUAUGUACUUUUUUAUCAAACACCUGGCUUUCACUGAUCUUGGUAAUUCUACUGUCAUUUGUCCUGAGAUGCUGGUAAAUUUUGUUGUGGACCAAAAUACCAUUUCCUAUUAUGCAUGUGCCACACAGUUGCCUUUCUUCCUUAUGUUCAUUAUCUUGUCAGCCAUGGCCUAUGACUGCUAUUUGGCCAUCUGUAACCCUCUGCUCUACAAUGUUAUCAUGUCCCAGAGACUUUGCCAUGUGCUGGUAGGCACUCCAUACCUCUACAGUACCUUUCAAGCACUAAUGUUCACUAUCAAGAUUUUUACAUUGACGUUUUGCGGCUCUAAUAUCAUCAGUCAUUUCUACUGUGAUGAUGUUCCCCUGUUACUUAUGCUGUGCUCAAGUGCACAAGAAAUAGAAUUGUUGGUCAUACUAUACAAUCCCUUUCCUGCCCUGUCUUCUGUUCUCCUGCUCAUGGAGCAGCAUAACAGUGGUUUUCACACUUUGGGUGCAUCAGAAUUACCUGGAGAGCUUCUUAAAAUGCAGAUUGCUAGGGCCUGCCCCUGGAGUUCCCGUUCAGUAGGCGUGGUGCCAGACUUCAGAGAAUGUGGGUCUCCAGCAAGUUCUCAGGUGAUACUGCUGCUAGCAGGGGUUCCCUGCAAACCCAGAGGAGAGCUAGAGGCCCCAUGUUCCAGAGGAAAAGCAGACUUGUCAGGGAGCUUGGCCCUAGGGCCUGAAGCCAAGGAGGAGAAGGAGAUGCAGGCCUGA